AUGGACAUCAUUGUCCAUGGUGUAGGUACUGGGACUAGGGUAGCCGAGUAUAACGAAUUCGAUAGCACAAUUCACUGGAUGAACAAUGCUGAGCAAUGCACAAUGAACAGUGAUCCUGAUUCCUCAGAUAGUCAAAUUUUGUUCGCAAAGAUCCAAAAAGUUAAAACCAACCGAUCCCAACAUCUUACAACACGACUUGGGCUAUACAUCCUUACAGCAUUGACACCAUCUCUUAUACUAAAAAUAUUUCGGUUUUUAUCGACACAUCAUCCUACGUGCAAUAUCACAUCACGUCAUCAAAUUGUUUCCUCACAUCAAAAAAUUCUAAGCGAAAGAAUUUUGGAUAAGAGGAAGGGGAAGAGAACUGAAGCCCAUAUAAAGUCAGUGCCACGUUUCAAGAAAAGUUUCACUCGGUUGAUUAGAAUUUUCAUUGCUAAGCAAACAGUAGAAGGUGGCAAUGAUGAUGUAAUGGUGCUGCACAGGAUGUGA